AUGACCUUAAUUGCUAACAGUAACAAUUUACUCGUCAAGAAAGCUUUCAAACAUGGUAUCAAGCACUGUGAGGAAACGAAAGACAAUAUUUAUUCGAAAUGGCUACUAGUACUAAAAGAAUACAACCUCACACUUAAGAAAAAUGAAAUGAAAUUCAAGUUGAAAAAAAUCAAAACAGGAAAUAAUUUUGAUAUUCACACUGACGGAUCAAGACUCGAAUCAAAGACUGGAAUGGGGAUUAAUAUCUAUGAUUGCUCCAAUAUGAACACUCCAGUUAGAUCUUUAUCCCUCCAUAUUAAUGAUCAAUAUUCAAAUAAUGUAGCUGAAAUAUGCUCUAUUAUUACAGCAGCUAAAGUUAUCCCAAGAGACUCCAAGAUUAAAAUCCAUACUGAUAGUAAUGUGGCAAUUGAAGUUCUCAAAGAACGAUAUAAGGGAAACUUUCUACCACUAAAAAAAGCCUUCUUUAAAACCAUUAAGGAUAGAAAACUUGAAUAUGAAUUCAAGAAAGUUGAAGCUCAUAAGGAUAAGGAAAAUAUCAAAGUUGAUUUAUUGGCAAAGAAUGCAACUCUGAAACCUAAAAUCUUUGAUAUCCGUAAACUACUCUUUAAUCAAUAUAUCCUCACAAAGAACGAUAUUAUAAUCUUUGACUAUAAGAGGUUAACUACCUCACAACAUUUAAGGCUAAUGCUUGACAAGAUAGAGAGUCACCCCAAUCACAUACCUAACCUAGAUUGGAACUCUAUCAACGUCAGCUACCUUAAAUCCCAUUUGUCUCCUAAAUCUGAAUAUUAUAUUUGGAGAAACUCUUCAAAUGCCCACAUCAAUUUUGAUAUUCGAAAUGACAACAAGAGACAACUAGCUGAGUAA